GGUGGGGGUGGGUAGCUUCCCUGAAGACACGAGGGUGUAGGUGGUAGGUACUGGGGGUGCUAGGAGAAGGCACCCCGAAAUGUUCCAGCUAGGAAAAGGGUGGAAGGCGAUUUCCUCCACGUGAGAUGAUGCGCUAAGGGAAGAAGGCGUCGAGAUAUUUGGGGUGUGUCUGGAGCAGUGACGUGGGGCGACCCGGUACGCUGGGGCCUGGGGCUGGGCGGCCCCACCGCGGACGCCCUGCAGAUUCCCAGUGCAGCGUUGCUAGGGGGCCACGUGGUAGUGAGUCCAUGUGGGGAAGUACGUGCAGAGGCUGGACUGUCAUGGGUGCCCUGUGAGCACACGCGCACCGCCCUCCCGGGUCACCGUUGCGGUCCCCUCACUGCCAUCUCACACAUGCUGCCGACCCCGGCGGGCGGGACCCAGGCCUCUUCGCAGCUGCCACCGGAUGCCUCCAGCCUCCCACAGGGCACCCGGAAGGGGCGCGACUGACGCCCUCCUCGGGCCCCGCCCCUGAUCUGGGCCGGCCUUGGGGCGGUCCUGGCCGCCAGCACCCCUUGCAGUCCUCACAUCUGCUCGUUCUGUGCCAUCCGUCUUUCCUGUCCCUGGUGACAUUUCACUAGUUCAGGUGGCCGUCCUUUUGCCUGGGCCUUUGCAGCUGUUCCUUCACUGGGGUCCAGCCAGCCCAUUCUUACAUGACAUCGAUCGUUCUGGAGAAUCUGGUCGUGCCACUUACCUGCUCGAGACCCCGCGUGCCUCUCCGGAGACACUUCUGCGUCCUGCUGCACAAUGCAGUGUGUGCGUGUUUGCCUAGGGCAGAGGAAAGGCCGUUCGCGGCUCGGUCCCCAUGAGCCCGCCCAGUGUGCCCCCGGCUGUGGGCGCCGGUGCCCAGCUGACUCCUUGCAACUCGGGGCCGCUCAGCACAGGAAGUCCUCCCAGCCACCCGGGGCCUGCUGGCUCCUCUUCCAGAACCUUCUCCUUAGGGGAAGCCGCCCACCCCCGGCCUUCGAGCCCAGUCUCAGCGCCGGGCGCUGCGUCCCCUUGUCCGUCAGCCCUUUCUCUGCAGGACAGGUGCUGUUUGGGGGCCGGCUCGCAACAGCCUCACGCUUCCUUGGUGAUUCAGCUUCUGAAAGCUGGGAAGGCUAAGGAAGUGUCCUACAACGCGCUGGCCUCACACAUCAUCUCCGAAGACGGCGACAACCCGGAGGUCGGGGAAGCUCGGGAGGUCUUCGACUUGCCUGUCGUGAAGCCUUCGUGGGUGACCCUGUCUGCGCAGUGUGGAGCGCUUCUGCCAGUAAAUGGCUUUUCCCCAGAGUCAUGUCAGAUUUUUUUUGGAAUCACCGCCUGCCUCUCUCAGGUGGCCUCUGACGACAGGAGCGCCCUGUGGGCCUUGCUCACCUUCUACGGGGGCGCCUGCCAGCUGCACCUGGACAGGACGUGCACACACUUGGUCGUCCCAGAGCCCAAGGGGGAGAAGUACGAAUGUGCCCUGAAGAGAGCCAGCCUGAAGGUGGUGACCCCGGACUGGGUCCUGGACUGCGUCUCGGAGAAGACGAGGAAGGACGAGGCCUGCUACCACCCCCGCCUGGUCGUCUACGAGGCGGCGGAGGACGCCGGGGAGCGGGACUCACAGAACGAGGGCAGCACGGAUGACAAGUCCAGCCCCGCCAGCUCGCGGGCCGGGUCCCCGUCGGGCGACCGGCCGUUCUCGCCCAAGCCGCACGCCGAGCCGGCCAAAAGCGAGCUGAUGUUCGACGACUCUUCGGACUCGUCCCCUGAGAAGCAGGACCGGAACCUGAACAUCUUACAGUCCCUUUCAGCACCUACAAAAAACUUGGAGCAGCAGGUGAAUCACAACCAACAGGGACACGUGAACACCAGCGCGGUGCUGUUCAGCCAGCUGAAAGUGACUCCAGAGCCGCACCUGUCACAGCAGCAGCCGCCGCCACCGCCGCAGCACCCCGUCCUGCACCUUCCGCCCCCGCAGGUCAUGCAGCUGCAGCCGCCGCAGGCAGCCGUACCCCCCGCAGCCGUCACAUCCCUUCCCGCAGCCGCAGCCAGGCCACCAGCAUCCCUUCCCGCAGCCCCAGCUGCAGUUCCCGCAGCCGCAGCCGCCCCGCCCCCACCGCCGCAGCAGCUGUUUGGACACGACCCGGCCCUGGAGCUCCCAGAGGAAGGCUUCUUGCUGGGCUGUGUGUUUGCCAUCGCGGAUUACCCGGAGCAGAUGUCCGACAAGCAGCUGCUGGCCACCUGGAAAAGGAUAAUCCAGGUGCACGGGGGCGCGGUGGACCCCACGCUGUCGAGUCGCUGCACACACCUCCUGUGCGAGAGCCAGGUCAGCGGUGUCUACGCUCAGGCCAUCAGGGAGAGGAAGAGGUGCGUCACUGCCCACUGGCUGAACACGGUCCUGAAGAAGAAGAAGCUGGUGCCGCCCCACCGGGCCCUGCACUUCCCGGUGGCCUUCCCCCCGGGGGGGAAGCCGUGUUCGCAGCACAUUAUUUCUGUGACUGGCUUUGUCGACAGCGACAGAGAUGACCUGAAGUUGAUGGCCUACCUGGCAGGCGCCAAAUACACGGGCUACCUGUGCCGGAGCAACACGGUUCUCAUCUGCAAAGAGCCGACCGGUCUGAAAUACGAGAAGGCCAGGGAGUGGAGGAUCCCGUGCGUGAACGCCCAGUGGCUCGGCGACAUCCUCCUCGGGGACUUCGAGGCGCUGCGGCAGGUGCAGUGCAGCCGCUACGCGGCCUUCGGCCUGCCCGACCCGUUCGCCCCCACUCAGCGCCUGGUCUGGAGCCUUCUGGACGCCUGGAGGGUCCCGCUGACGGUGCCAGCGGAGCUGCUCACGGGCAUCAGGCCGCCCCCCAGGCUGAAGCAGAGCGAAGUCACAAACACCCAGCCUUCUUCCAAGAGAGCCAGAAUCGAAGACAUACCACCGCCCACUAAAAAGCUAACCCCAGAGCUGACCCCGUCUGUGCUCUUCACCGGAUUCGAGCCCAUCCAGGUUCAACAGUACGUCAAGAAGCUGUACAUUCUGGGUGGGGAGAUUGCCGAGUCUGCGCAGAAAUGCACGCACCUCAUCGCCAGCAAGGUGACGCGCACGGUCAAGUUCCUGACGGCCAUCUCUGUGGUGAAGCACGUGGUGACCCCGGAGUGGCUGGAAGAGUGUUUCAAAUGUCAGACGUUCGUUGACGAGCAGAACUACCUCCUCCGGGACGCAGAGGCCGAGGUGCUCUUCUCCUUCAGCCUGGAGGAGUCCCUGAAGCGGGCGCAUGUCUCUCCGCUCUUCAAGGCCAAGUACUUCUACAUCACGCCUGGGAUCUGCCCGAGUCUGUCCACCAUGAAGGCGAUCGUGGAGUGCGCCGGCGGGAAGGUCUUGCCCAAGCAGCCGUCCUUCCGGAAGCUCAUGGAGCACAAGCAGAACAAGAGCCUGUCGGAAAUAAUCCUCAUUUCCUGCGAGAACGACCUGCACCUGUGCCGGGAGUACUUCGCCCGCGGGAUUGAUGUGCACAACGCCGAGUUCGUCCUGACUGGGGUGCUCACGCAGACGCUGGACUACGAGUCGUAUAAAUUCAACUGAGGUCCCCGCGGGACACCUGGAGCCCGGAGCGCGUCCCUGCCAGCGAGGACGCAGCUGCCAGCGCCCGCCCCUCCAGCCGCCUCGUUUUCCAGCUGCUUUCUCAGGGGACAAGCGUUUUAAAGCCGGAGAACACGUGUUAUUAAACAUGCUGCAUCUUUUUAAGAUGUGUGAUUUUAUUCUGAGGAACAUAAAUUAUGUUUUGUAUACUAUGACUUGGAGAACGUUAGGUUUUAUGAUUCAUUUGCCGGGGUUUAAAUGUUUUCACAAAACUGUUCUGGAGCUUUAGCUACAAAUAAAAUGCUGUAAAUAAAGACUUGUUAUCUCUAAAUUAUGGACUUAAAGAUUUGAAA